CUUUCUUUACUCCAUUCAGUUUGUGUCAAGUAUUCCGAGGGGUUAGAUGUCGUUUGUGGCCUGUGUUCGUAACGAAGUCUCAAACCCCCUCUGUAUAGAGUCGAGAUCAUUAUUGUUCUCGUAGCAUGUGUAACGGAGUUUUAAGUGAUUGUCGGAAUUGCCGUUGAUACUUGAAGGAUUUUGCCCUGGAUUACAUGGGUUGAAAUUUUAUUAUCUGCUUUGAGAGAUUUUCUUUCUGUGUAAAGGUGGCAGCUUCAUCGACUGGUCAUAGAUAGGUGAUGACGAUGAUGCUGAUAGAUAGAUCGUCAUCUCUAAACGAACAGAUAGGACGCGUCAUCUUGACAAGGGGCGAGGGAGAGACGGGCCGGUGCCGGCACCGGUCGAAGAAGUGCUGCCUCGCCCGUCCCGUCAAGGGAACCGCAGACCUCGAGCGACUGACGUCCACUGUUCACGACCUCUCGGAGUCCGGAUGGUACUACGGCUGCCUCAGCAGGAAGCAGUCCAUAACCCUCCUCCAAUCGGCUCCUAUCGGCCACUUCAUCGUCAGGGAUUCAUCAGAUCCAAGGUUCCUGUUCUCGAUAAGUGUACAGACCGCCCUUGGCCCUACUUCUGUUAGGAUUCACUAUUCAGAUGGUAGGUUCAGGCUGGAUGCUGAACCAUCAUUAGCCUGUUCUGUACCGAACUUCCCAUCUGUGAUCAGCCUUGUUGAACAUUACGUUUCUCUGGGCGGACCACAGCUGUGUAUCUCAGGCUCCAAGUAUUCACAUGUUCUUCUAAGAAAACCAGUGUAUAAAAACUGCCCAUCUCUGAAGCAUUUAUGUCGGCUCACUCUUAAUACUCUCCUCAGGUCGAGCAAGGAUGUAGGACCGUUGCCAAUACCAAUAAUUCUGAAAAAAUAUCUCAUUGACUAUCCUUAUACACGGUAGAAAUCCUAGUAAUUUUAAAAUAUGUUACAGCUCUUGAAGUGAGAGUGUAUAUGAAUAUGUCUCUUUUAAGUCCUGCAUUAAAGUAGCAUUGUGGUGCUAGUUAUCACUAGGGUGGCUUGUCGAUUUCGUUAGUAGUAAAAAUGCAGUAAACAAAUAAAAAUAAGUUAAUAAACUCUUAUUGAUAAAAAUUGAGGUUUAGUUUUCUAAAUUUAUAUUAUUAACCAUAGUAUAAAUUUAAUGGUAGUAAAAUUAUCAUUGUGAAAACUGAUGAUAAGAACAAAGCAUAUUCUUACCUCACUAAAAUAUUCAAAAAUAGCAUUUUGUUAUUACUUUUUCUAAUCAACCAAACAGUUUUUCCUUUUAUUUCAGAAAAAAAAUUAAUCUCAAAUUUCAAUUAUUUAAAACAUCACUAUUGAUUUUUGUAUAUCUUUGUAUAUUAUCUGCUCAACAAUGUCAAUUGGCUGUCAAAUUCUGACAAUCUUUUUAUUUUAAUGAUUCAUUUAAAUUUUGGUUUAGAGGGAUGCAGGGCUUUCUUAUUUGUCAAACUUAAAAAAUUGAAAAAAGUAUAAUAAAUUCAACUUUUUUUAACACUGCCUCUAUGCCUAUAACUGAUAGGUUUUAGGAAAUAACAGAUGAAAAAUCAUAUCUGUUAAUUACCUAUAUUUAAGUAAUUCUAUUAAUAGCUUUGAUUCCAUUCCUGUACCAUUUUUUUUUUUUUUUUGUAGCAUUGUUUUUAGUAUUGGAUAAAUAAAUGAAUCAAAAUAUUUAGUCAUCGGAAUAGAUUUUGUGGUUUAAUAAAAUGUUUAUGUUUUGAAUUUUAGAUUUUAUUAUGAAUAUGGUAUUAAAUUUAAAUUAUAUUGUGUCUUUUCCUUUUUUUUUUUUUAACAGAUAGUGUAAUGUAUUGGAACUAAAUUAUUAUAUUGUAUAACUUGUUAUGUCUGGUUGCGGCAUCAAGCAACAAAAAAAAGUCGACAGUUCUAUUAUUAAUUAGAAAUGAUGGAAUAAAUUAAGACCAAAGAUUUUAACUGUAGUCAAGUGUGUGUUUUUUUAGUUUUUUUUCUCCUUUAAUUUUUAUGGCUAAAUGUAUGUAAUAGCAGUAAAUCGCUAAGUUAUGGUUGCUUAGUGAUUUUUUGAAGGAUUUCUGACAUGUUAUGGUUUGAUUGGAUUUGAUUUAAGUAUUAUGCUGUUUGUAUAAUUGUUAAUUUUUUUUUUUAGCUUAAAAGACAUUAGCCAUUACCUAUAUUUUGUGGUAUUAGUGCUCAGAUUUCAACAUAUAUGUAUAUAUUUAGAAUCAAUUUCUGUUUCUAUACCAAAUGACGUGUUGAAAAAUCUUUAGCUUAUUAUUUGGUUUAAAAUCAUUCUCCAGUGAACAAGAACUUUCUAAGAUUUAACCUUGUACCUAUUGUUUUAAAAACAUUCUUUGUUAAUUUUAAAAGUCAUCUUUGGUAACUUGUACAUUUAUUUAUUUAUACUACUUAUAUACAAGAAAUGUGCAAUUAUUCUAUAGUAUAAAUUAAUGGAAUUACAAUGUCAUUUGUGAUAUUCAGAGGGUAAUAAUAUUUUCUAUGCUUCAUAUCCUAGAAUUAAGAUUUAAAUAAUAUCCUGUCAAACAUUUAAAUAAUAUCAAAUAAUCUUUUUUAAUUAUAACAUUUUAUAACUAUGUUUUAUUUGAAUACUUUACAUUUUAAACCAAAUACUCAUUAAAAAAUAAUAUAUUUAAAUAUUUAAUGCCAGUUAAGUAUUUUGUCCUGUAUACGGUAAGGCUUAUAACAAUGAGUAAUGAUAUUAUGGAUUGUAGUAUUUUUCCAAUCAUAUUAAUAGGAUUCGACUUAUUUACAGAUAUGAACUAUUUGUAGUUUAGAUUAUCAAAAUUAUGUGCAUGUAUAAGACCAGAUAGAGUGGUACCAUUAUGAAUUUCUACAUUUAUAAUAAUUCUAUUUAAUGGAUUUUUUGCAUAUAAGAAAUUAGAAACACCUUUCUUUUUAUAAUUAAUUUUUAAUAAAAUUAGUUGUAAUUCUGAGUUACUACAUAGCAACUGAUGAGCUUGGCUGGUAGUUUUAUUGUUAUUUAUUGCCCAAGUAUGACCUAAUGUUCUGGUGAGUGUAUAUAAUUCUGAACCAGUUCAUUUUAAGUUUAUGUAUUCAGCUGUAAAUUUCUCUUCUGUAUAUAUAAGUGUUGUUUAAAUUCAACUGUUUUGUUUCUGUAAAAUAUAUUAAUAUGAUAUAUUAUAAAACAUUGUAUUAUAUAGUCUUAUUUAUAUUUGUAUUUAUUAAAAUUAUGUAAACUAUAUGUAUUUAUAUGUAUAAAAUCAAGAGUUGAAGAUGUAAAUUAUUUUUAAUAUAAAAUUCUUUUCAUAAAUUAA